GCUCUGAAGCUGGCUCCAGCAGAAGACACGAAACCAAAUGAGCAGAAGAAGAGACCUGGAGGGGUUGGGACCAGGGAAGUACAUAAUAAAUUGGAGAAGAACAGACGUGCACAUUUGAAAGAAUGCUUUGAGACAUUAAAACGCAACAUCCCCAACGUAGAUGACAAGAAGACCUCAAACCUCAGCGUCCUAAGGAGUGCCUUGCGAUACAUCCAGACUUUAAAGAGGAAGGAAAAAGAAUAUGAACAUGAGAUGGAGCGGCUGGCAAGAGAGAAGAUUGCUACCCAGCAGCGACUGGCAGAAUUGAAGAACGAGUUGAGCCAGUGGAUGGACAUCUUGGAGAUUGACAGAAUUAUUCGACAGACAGUUCAGCCAGAGGAUGACCAGGCAUCUACCUCGACAGCGUCAGAGGGUGAAGACAACAUGGAAGAAGACAUGGAAGAUGACAGGCCAGUGAACUCAUUACCAAAACUAACCCAGCGCCAGCCCCCAGAGCUCCUGAAAGCCGUCCCUUCAAGCGCUGCUUCUUCCCACCACCCGGCCGUUCUGCCUCAGCACCUGUCCAUCCAGCAGAAACAAACCCCAGCCCACGCACAACCUCCCAUCCAGACGCAAGCACUGGUCCAGCCGCAGGCGAUCGUCCCUGCACAGACUCAUAUCGUGGCGGCUUCAACUCAUAUCGUGGCGGCUUCAACAGUGCAAUCGACUGUUAUUGCCCACACUGCCACUACCCACGCUUCGGUCAUUCAAACUGUCAACCACGUGAUUCAGGGUCCACAGACCAAGCACAUUGCUCACAUUGCACCUUCCACAUCCAGCCCUGUGCAACUUACCACUGCUGCUCAGCCCAUCGGCCACAUCACUGUGCACCCAGCCACCAUCAACCACAUGGCCCACCUCGGCCAGCAGCUGCCCAUCUACCCUCAGCCCGUGGCGGUCAGCCAGCCCGUGGUGAGCCAUAUUGCUCACACGAUCUCGCACCAGCAAGUGAAUGGAACCACAAAUCUUGGCCAGCAAGCAGUGAUGGCCAAGCCUGCUGUAGGAACCCAAGUUGUGCAUCACCCGCAGUUAGUUGGGCAAACGGUCCUAAAUCCGGUGACUAUGGUGACCAUGCCAUCGUUCCCAGUGAGCACACUGAAGCUGGCCUAG